AUGGCGUGCAUCUUCCGGCGAACCACGCUCGCAGCUACAUCAUCCCUCAACUCCCUCCUUAGCCCCUCCACGUCCCUUACGAAUCGAAUGAAGACCACGGCGCCGCGAACGAUUUACCGAAAUCUCCAUCAUCGAGCGUUCCCGACAACCGCAAGAUACACCAUCUCGAGCAUCGCAUCCACCCCUCAAUCAGACUUCCCUUCGAACAACAACUUCCGGGCGCGACCCCGCCACCGCCAGUCUCUCAGCAAGUUCUCGAGCAUUCCACAUCUCCAAAUGUCCGACGCAGACUACGCCGCAUUCCUGGACAAGGCGAACCAGGACCCCAACGAGGGCUAUGCCAAGCCGACGGGUAACAAGAGCAACGAGUUCAAGGCGCAGGACCAGGGUGUCGAGGUGCCCAAGGCCAUCCAGGAUGUGCUGAAGCAGGACAAGGUGUACGUGUCUGAUGCGGACGAGCCGUUCGUUGGCGUCGCGCUGGCGUGGGAUGAGGCUGGCAAGGGCCUGCCGGACGAGGUCGAAUUCGCACAGCUGAUCGAGCACCCCGACGCCGAAAACGCCGGCGUGGAGCUCCUCGACCCCGUGGACUGGGACUCCAACGGCGACUACAAGGACAUCUUCGAGGCGGUACGCAAGGCGGGCAAAGGCAACGACGUCAGGGUCUACAAGGUGCCCAAGGGCGGAGUCCGGACGGAGUACUGGCUCGUUACGACGGACGGCAAGGGCAAGCAGGCGAAGCUUGUGGGCGUCAAGGCCCUGUCUAUUGAGAGCUGA